GAAUUAUAAUAUAUUUUCUUAAUAUUUUUUUAUUUAAUCAAGUACAUAUUAUGAUUAAUUAAAUAUAAUUUAUUAAUAAAAAAAAUUUUAUUAAAAAAUAUAUGUAAUAUAAUUUGUUAAAAAAAAUUCAAGUAAACAACAAUUAAAAUGACUUCAAGAUUAAAUAAAUGUUCUGAUCAUCAAAUACUAACAAUUCUUGAUACAAAAUCAAAUUCUGAUAAUGAUCAAGAAUCAUGUGAUAAUAUGAAUGAAACUAAAUUGCAAACAAAAAAAAAAUCAAAUGCUCAAAAUAUAAUAAAAAUUAUUUCAGAUGUAUCUUCAGAUACAGAAAAUGUGUUUCAAAAUUAUAAAUAUGCAUUAUCAAAGAAUAAUAUUUUACAUAAAAAAAAUGUUUCUCUUAAAAUUAAACUUAGAAGAUCUACAGAACAAAGUUUAUAUAAAAUUGAUACAGAUUCUGAAUAUGACAAUUCUAAUCUUAAAUCUCAGAAUAGACUUCGAAAACAAAAAAGAAGAAAUUAUUUAGAAAGAAAAAAGAAAAAUUUAGAAGUAAAAGAAUCUUAUAGUGACAGCAAUGAUAAUUCUACAAAAACUGAAACAAAUGAUGAAAAGGAAAUGAAACAUGUUGAGAUUGAAAAUGAACAAUUAAGAAAGAAUAGAAAUAGAAGACCACCUUUAAAACUUUCUUAUUAUUAUUGUGAUACAUUGAAUCCUUCAAAUCUCAAAAAUAAUUCUCCAUCUUUAAGGCAUAGAAAAAAUAUUAAUUAUAAUGAGAAUAAAUUACUUAUCAAUUCUAUUGUAUCUAACAUUAAAAAUGAAAAUAAACAGAAAAGAAAUGAAACUUUAAAUAUUUCUAAUGACAAACUUAAUGACAAGAAUUUAGAAUGUUCAAAUAUAAAAAAUAAUAAACGAAAUCGUAUUUCUUCUACAAAAAAUGAAGAAAAUGAGAAUAGUAAUACAGAUACUGAAAUAUUGAAAACAAAAUCUUUGAAAAAAUCUAAUAAAUUUAAAAAUAUAAAUAAAUUAAAUCAUACUUCAAAACAACAUGAUAUGAUAAAGAAACAAAAUUCAUUAUCACCAACAAGUACAAACAGUACACCUGUUAAAUUAAUUAAACAAAAAAGGAUGAUAUGUGAAACACCAAAAAAGAUUCAAUGUAUUGAUAUUAGUAAUAGUAAUGAUGAAGAAGAAUGUUUAUCUGAUAUGUAUAAACGUAUUAAAAUUUCAUCAGAAGUAAAAAUUAAAAAUUCUACUUCUUUUAAAAUGGAUAAUCAAAAGAAGAUGAUUUGUAGAAAUAUAAUAACAAAUGAUCAAUUUGUUGAUAAAAAUAAUAGUGAUACUGAAGAUGAAUGUUUAUCUGACAUGUAUAAACGUAUUAAAAUUUCAUCUACUAAAAAAAAUAAUAUAAAAAAUGAAAAAAAUAUAGAAUCACAACAGAAAUCUCAUUUAAAUACUCCAAAAUCUCAUUCAAUAAAAUGUAGCAAUUUAACACCAUCAUUAGUAAAACGGAAUAAUGUUCUAUUAAAACCUAGUACACCAUUACAGGAAGCUAGAUCUAGAUUACAUGUUAGUGCUAUACCAAAAUCUUUACCCUGUAGGGAAGAAGAAUUUAAUAACAUUUUUACUUUUCUUAGAGGAAAAUUGGAGGAUAAAAGUGGAGGAUGUAUAUAUAUAAGUGGAGUACCAGGUACAGGUAAAACUGCAACUGUAAAUGAAGCUAUUAGAUGUUUACAAAAAUUGAUACUUAAAGGCCAAUUAGAUGAAUUUGAUUAUGUUACAAUUAAUGGCAUGAAAUUAACUGAACCACGACAAGCUUAUGUACAAAUUUUAAAACAAUUAUAUAAUAAAACAGCUACAUGGGAACAAUCAUAUUCUAUACUUGAAAAAAGAUUUCAUAAUACUACUUCUAAAAUGACAUUACUUCUUGUAGAUGAACUUGAUUUUUUGUGCACAAAAAGACAAGAUGUUGUUUAUAAUCUAUUGGAUUGGCCCACAAAAUCAACAGCCCAGUUAAUUGUUGUCACUAUAGCCAAUACUAUGGAUUUACCUGAGAGAGUUUUAAUGGGACGUGUUACAUCGCGUUUAGGUCUAACACGAUUAACUUUUCAACCUUAUAAUUAUAAACAAUUACAAGAAAUAGUUAUGUCUCGACUUAAAAAUUUCGACGGUUUUAGAAGUGAAGCUGUACAACUUGUUGCACGAAAGGUUUCUGCUGUAUCUGGAGAUGCUAGACGAGCUUUAGAUAUAUGUCGUCGUUCUAUAGAAAUUGCAGAAUCGCGAAAUGCAGAAACGAUCUCUCUUCAAGAUGUAACAGAAGCUGUAUCCGAAAUGAUUGCAUCUGCGAAAGUUCAAGCUAUAAAACAUUGCUCAAAAAUGGAACAAAUAUUUUUGCAAGCAGUAUCUUCAGAAAUUAUGCGAACUUCGAUUGAAGAAGUAUAUUUUAAAGAUGCAUAUAAGCAACUUGAAUCAUUGUGUUCUUUUGAUGGUAUUGAGAUACCUACUGUAACAGAAGUACUUGCUAUUUGCAGAAGAUUGGGUUCUAGUAGAUUAUUAAUAUGUGAACACUCAAGAAACGAUAUAUAUCAAAAGAUUUUAUUAAACAUUUCAACAGAUGAUAUUCAUUAUGCAAUGCAAAAAUUAGAUUUAAAUUAAAAAUAAGAUAAUUUUUUAAAUAUAUAUGUAUGAGUGCCUGCAACUGUGAUGUAUAUUACAUGUUUUUUCAAAAGUGCCUUAGUAAGGUAAUUCAAUAAAUUAUUAAUAUUUUAUUCAAUUGAUUAAAUUGUAAUUAAUGAAUUUUGGAAUAAAAGUGAUAUUUUAUUAAAUAAA